CUCCAUUUAGGAAUAAGUUAAAUUUUCAGUUUCCUUGAUGCAAAUUCUCACACAUCUCACAUAGAAGCAAAGAUCAAAGUGAACACAAUUUCACAAGUUCAAACAACUUUCACCAUGCCUGGCCAGAGAAACUCCAGAACUUCAAAAUUCACAGAAAGUGAGAUUAAUGAUCUGAUGUUGAGGCUACAAGCACUGCUACCACAACUAAACCAAACAAGCAACUCAAGGGCAUCAUCAGUAAGCGUGAUGAAGAUCAUGAAGGAAACUUGCUCUCACAUCACAAGGCUACAGAAAGAGGUGAAAGACCUUGGUGAAAGGCUAGUACAGCUGAUGGAUUCUGUAGACCUUAGUGAUAUUGACGAGGAACGUUUUACAAGACUUCUGCAACAAUAACAAAAGUCUCCUUUUACUACCAUUCCAUCACCAGAUUUUAAGUUAAAAUUUAAGUGCAGUCUUUUAGUAUUUUUUGGUGGCUGAUCAAAAUUAGAGGUUUAUCUCUAUAACUAGGGUCAACCUUUAAUGGCAACUUUUAUUGCAUCAACUACUGAGAUAAAACUCUAAUUUUAAUUAAAAAUAACACUAAAUAUAUGUUUUUUUUAACUUGUUCUUCCUUAUCUUUAGGUUCCCAUAGAGACUGCAGUUGUCAGUUGGAAGACUCCAACCAAGCACCAUGUAAUAUGUGACAUGUAGUAAUAUGCUUUCUUCGGGUGAUCA